CUUGGAAUUGCAGGACCCUCCUGGCGAAAACGGGCAAAAAAAAGGGAAGGUCCGCCGGCCUCGCUCCUCGGCCGCCGCCCUGUGAUGACGUUAUCAACGCGCCGCGGGGGAGGGAAAAAACCCGCGCUGUGGCGGUCGCGGGGUUGGGCCGACGCCUGGGUCGUGCAUUGUGUGUGUGCGAGAGCGAGCGAGGGGUAGAAAGAGAGAGAGGUAGAAGGGGGCGUGGCUUCCUGUCGCUGCGCUGACCUGAUUCCGCCGCCCCCCCUCAUUGCGUGGAUUCUGGGUGUGCUGCGAUGACGUCAGAGCAGUUGCCAAUGAAGCCCACUGUCCACCCUGGGACUCGAGAGCGAGAGGGCAGCCAGGAUCCUCAAGAUUACCACAUAAAGCGCCAGAAGAGCGACCCGAAGGCUUCCCUUACUUUCCCUGUCACCGCUUCGCGUUACGAUGCCCCGUUCCCCUUUUACCGCCGGCCAGCGGAAAUUGGACGCUUUUCUCUCGACGCCCAGCGCUGUUACCACGGAGACGCUCGCCAGCUGCGCUACUACGCCCCGCCCCCCAUGGAGGGCCCGACUCCUGGGUUUGAUCUGCGGGACGGCUACCCUGACCGCUACGUGAAGCGGGACGAGGACGUCCGGGAAGGUCUGGAUCACUUGCUGAAGUGGGUGGCUCAAAACCAGAAGGAGUUACAGACCGAUGACAAAGGGCGGCCCCUGAACGCUGACUUUGUGACGUGGCGAGGGCAUCUCACCAAAGUCUUGACCACGCCCUACGAAACUCGGGAUGGGUGGCUGCUGGCGGUCAGCCUCUUCCGUGGGACUCUGUACAUCAGCGAGGUGGAGACCGAGGCCGCUCGGGAGGAGCGGGAGCACCGUUCAGAACUGCUGAAGGAGCUGGCCUACAUGGGCUACAAGUUUGAGCAGUACAUGUGUGCCGAUACACCAGAUGGGACUCCUGAUCCAUCCGGGGUGGUAAACACGAACGAGGCAUUCUGCACAGUGAUUCGGACCCGCCUGGGAACCCACUCUCUUCUCUUCUCAGGAGAGGUGGACUGCACGGAUCCGCGGAGCCCGUGGCCAGAUCCACCGAGCUGUUACGUGGAACUGAAGACCAGCAAAGUCAUGCAUAGCCUUGCUCAUAGAAAGAAUUUUUACAGGCAGAAGAUGAUCAAGUGGUGGGCUCAGUCCUUUUUACCUGGAGUGUCGCGGAUUGUUGCAGGAUACCGGGGGCCAGACGGCUCUGUGGUCGGGCUGGAAACCUUUGAGACUAUGAAGAUAUUCCAGCUCAUCAAGGAAGAUCCCGGCUGCUGGAAACCUGCUGUGUGCAUGAAUUUUUGUGCCGCAUUUUUGGCUUUUGUCAAGAAAGUAGUGACAGAGGACAAUCCAAAGUUGGUUCACCUCUUUGCCUGGGAACCAGGCCAUCCCAUUUCCUACACAGUACAUCGGGACUCCGACUACAUUUUCCUGCCUGACUGGUACAUGGAGGCCAUGAGCACCGAGAAGCCCCCGACGCCACGGAUCCCGGACUGAUGACCUCACCUUGAGGGACAAGCUGGUUUUGUACAGUACCUAGACGCCGGCCGGCCGGGGAACCCAGAUCCGGUGAGCGGGCACCCAGAGGAAGAAAACAAAACAAAAAACAAAAACGCAUGAAGGGUCUGUUGGUUGGGAAGCCGGGAGAGACGGGCGUCCUGCGCCUUUGCUCUCAGCGGAGGCGGAACGAGGUAAUAAACUAUGCUGUGAACA